CGUGGGCCACGCUCGCUGCCUCCCCCAGUCCUUUAUUAUCUAGCAAGGCACAAGGUGACCAAACCACCAAGGUAUCGCGCUGAGUGCAAUUUCACCCGUGGCGGUUUUUUGUUGGCGGCGCUGAGACCUCGUGUUCUCCAACACCAAAGACGCCUCCGAUGACAGCUGCUUUUGGUCGGAGUGCUGCAGCCGAAGGGAUACCUCUAACCAGGACCUAACUAUCUCGCAGCGUUGCCCGAAGAGCCCGUCCGAAUUCUCCGCGGCAUUGGGCGCCUCUCGCAUCACGCAGCACCAGAUACCCUGGGAACUGCCGCUAUCCGCUCGCCCACCAUGAAUACCAUUCAGCAGAAGUGCCGCCCCAAGCACCAAGUGCUCGUCUUGAAAUGCUACCCGCGCACCACCAAGGGCGCCGUCGACGUGAAACCGAACUCGAGCGAGCUCAGUUACUUGCUGUUCUACGCCCAGUCGCGACGGUCCAAGAUACAAAAGGUCGGCAGCUUCCUGGAGAAGAAGACGGCAAGCGAUGUCUACCGCCAGCGGAUAGGGAAUGUCCAGGUCACCCUGCAGAUCCUCACGGCUCUGAUCGAAAAGACGCCGAAGGACCUCCCGCUCUUCGCGCCAUGCGUCCUCCACAUCCUUGAGCAGAUCCUCAAGUCACACGACAUCACCAUGGUUGAGUCGUCCAUCCCGACCUUCGAGGCGUUCUGCGCCCACCACGACCCGACCUCCCUCAUGGGCGACCAGGCUUAUCUGCGCCAGUACCUAGACGUCGUGCAGCACUAUGCUUCCCUUGCCUCGACGCGCGCCUUCCCGGGGAAGCUCGAGCCGAGCAAGCCGAUAGCGCUGCGAUGGAGAAAUACGGGUCUCAAAGCCAUUAAGAGCGUUGCUUCGUCCGAGGCCCUCUCCUCCGUCACGACGCAGCAGUACGGCCUGGCCAUACCCAUGAUCCUCGAGAACCUGUGGACGGAUAACGAAGACUUUCUGGACGUGCUCCAUCAGCGAGCGGAGACGGAGGAGAAGUUGGGCGGGGCGUUGUUGAGGAGACGGACAAGUGUCGCAACGGUGCAGACGGCCGAGAGCGAGUCGAACGCGAACCCCAUCGCGCUCGCAGACACGGCCGUGGACAUGGACAAGCUGGCCGAGGAGGACACCGGUGUGCUGGCCAUGGAAUGUAUUCGGCACAUCUUCGUCGGCCCCAACCGGUCGCAGGUCCAUGCCGCCACCGUGGCGCUCCUCGAGUUUAUCCAGGAGCGCGUGGGCCAGCAGGAGGAUGUCGUGAGGACAGACACGAACGGGAGUGACAGCGGCUGGGCUAUCAAGAUGGUCCUCCUGGCUGCCCGAUGGGCGCCCGUUGCGGACCGCUUCACCAUUCUGGUCACGGCCAUGGAGACGCUAGCCCAGCACCCCCUAACAGACGACACGCUGCGGCAGCACAUCGUUCUGGCAGCCAUGAUCGGGGCACUUUUGCGAUCCGACAUCAACCUCAUCGGCCUGAGCGUCAUGGACGUUCUCCUCCAGCUCAUUGCGCAUAUCAGGAGAGUCGUGCAGAUGCCGGGCGACCCGAACAGCAUGCGCACCGAGGCACCUCUUGCGGGCCAGCCUGAUCCGCGUCGCCCGACUGGCGUCCGGUACGCCGAUAAAGCGGAACAAGCUGCUGCCGAGCGCAGAGAUCUGCUGUUCCGUCUUCAAGAAUGCAUUGGGGACCUGGCGACGCAUGUCUACUACGCCGAUCAGAUUUCCGACAUGAUCGCCCUGAUUCUACAAAAGCUAAAGCCCUCUCGAUCCAGCAGCAGCUCGGGAUCGCCUCAUGGAGAGAAGUCGGACAACACGCCCAAAACGUCCGAACCUGCCCUAUCCGACGAGCCCCACGUUGAUUCCCUGUUUGCCCUCACGAUUGCCAAGAUCGCGGCGCUGCGGGCAAUCAAGUCGGUUCUGCUCGUUGCGAAUCCUCGGGCCAAGAUGAGCGGAACCCUGGGCCUGUCCAGAAGCCGCGUCCCCGUCCAGGUCUGGGACGGCACGCAGUGGCUGCUGCGGGACCCCGACGGUCUUGUCCGCAAGGCGUACGCCGACGCGGUCGUGACGUGGCUGGACCGUGAGACCACGAGCGCCGACUGCGUUGCGCGGGAUGAGACGACGCGCUCGAUGCUAAAGCACCGGGAGCUUCCAGGCGCCUCGCUGGCCCGGAGAGCUGUCUCCAGCGCCUCGACCCGGGAAAAGCCCGUCAAAGUCCCGAGGUCGCACUUCCUGCAGCUUCUCCAUCUCGCCAUCUACGACAACGCCAUCCAGUAUCUCGACUACGAGACCGAUAUUGUACUCCUCCACGUCUUGUUGGCAAAGCUGGUAGACAAGCUGGGCGUGAACGCCGUCAGAUAUGGCCUGCCUAUGAUUUUCCGCCUGCAGGAGGACAUCCAGGAUGCCGAGACGCCCAUCUACAAGGUCCGCCUCGGCAGCCUAGUGCACGGGUACUUUUGGUCCCUGACGGAGAAGUUCGAAUUCGAGGGUUCCAUGGUGGGCAGGCUGAUCCACAACGAAAUUGUCCGCCGUCGCAGCAAGCAUUUCUGGGUUGAGGGCGUGCACAUCCCGCCUCCGCUUCUUGACCUGGUGGACACGCCGGGCACGGUCCGAUCUCAGCUGAGACUGCCUCUCGAGGAGAUCGAGUCGGAGGCGCUGCUCCCCUUUGAUGAGCGCGACGCGUUGGUGGAUUGCGUAUGUACGGCAUACCAGGAGCAGGCAGCCUCUCCGCCGCAAAGCCCGGCCGCUAGUCCUGGCCGCAGCUUCUCGCAUCCCAUCUUGGGCUCGACGAUGAGCACCAUCCCCGCUAUUGAGGCCAAGCACGAGCUGCCGGCGCACUUUCGCGAGCAGAUGCUCAGUGAGUGGAGCCGCGACGCCGUCCUCGCCGCCGUGCAGGCGACCAGCAAAUCCGCGUCGCUCAACGGAUCCCGGUCCGGGACCACAGGCACAAACCGCGCCAACGGCGGUCUCACCGCGAACGGACACUACCCCCGACCCGACCGAUCGUCGCCCCAGGACAGCAAGACCAAUCUCCGGCCCUCAACUUCACCCGGCGGAGACAUAGCCAAGGCACGCAUGACGAGUGCCCGCAGUGGACACUCACCCGUCCCGACGGCUAGUGACGCGGGUGGCAACAAGGAGGAGCAGGUCGCGUCGGUCGAGCAGCUCAAGCUCGUGUUGUCCGGCCACCUCCAGCCACCACCCACCAUGCACGGCACGGGCUUCCAGCGGGACGACGAUUCCAGCAGCGACAGCCUCGUAAGCUACGACAUGACCCCCAGCGAGCUGUCCUUCAACCCGCCCACUGCCACUACUGCUGGCGGCGGCGGCAACGAGUCUGCAUUUGCGGGGGACUCAAGCCCCGAGCAGAACCUCCGCCGACCUGUCUCGCGCGAACGGAAAUCCUCUCUCCCCGGCGGCCCGCUCAGUUCACAUCCCGCAGUACCAGAAGAAGAAGCAGCAGCAAGAGCUGCCGCAAAUGGAAGCGAAGGCCACGGCGUCCCACCCGUCCCGCCCAUCCCCACCGGCCUGGCGGUAGACGACAGGAGCGCCGCCCGGUCGUCAAAGACAGCGACGCAGGAUUAUGCUGCAACAGCAGUGCCGAUCCGACCGCGGUCGACAUCGAAGCGCAGCGUGAGGAGCAGGGCGAGCGGCGCUGGGGAGCGGGCGCUCUCCAGCUCGUGGGCUGCCGCGCCGGACGAGAAAUUGCCUGUCAUGGAUCUGAAUGCGCUGUUGAGGGGGAUUGAUGCGCACGUUGGAGAGCGGCAUCUGGGGCAGGGGCAUCUGGGGAGUGUUACGAGGCCGCCUUAUUGAGACCCAUUUCUAUUUAUUUUUUCUUGUCGUUCGGUAUCUUACUUUGGGAGGUUGUCAUAGAUACUAGGUUAGGUUAACUCAGCCAGCUAUGGAGAACUCAAGAGUGGCUUUUUUUUCUUUGUGUUGCUAACACCCCAUGGCGGUUGCGAGUUUUGUUUUAUUUUAAUUUAAAUUGUACGUACAUGUACAAGUACAUUUCGGUGUAUUCUUUGCCUUUCUGGUGUUGCGCUUCGCAUUGUGAACCGGU